CCACGCGACGGUAACUGGGGUGCUUCAAAGGUUGCAACCUAACUUUAUAGCACCCUAGGAUUGGCUGGUCUUUGCAGUUUCAUUCCCCAGUGCUGUUGUAUAAUUUCAAAGUUCAGUUCCAAUUGCGCCCUCUACAACUCUGAAAGUAAUACCCAGUAGCAUUUUGUCACUUUCUUUUUUAUUCUUAUGUAUUCUCAACGAAGAAGAGAAGCGAGAGAAACAGGAAGUUAAGCUAUGGAGUUCAUUAGGCUAAUUUGGUGUUACCUUUCGGUGCAAAUUAAAAACACUCGAAUGAAAGACUAUUGGCAUUGUUGUUUAAAUCUGGCCAUUUAGAGAGAAUUAAAUUAGGAAUUCCGCUCGCCCUUCCAUGAGUCCCUGUGCGUAACAACAAUAUUUAAAUUGCGGGCUAUAUUUCGCUACUCAUGUUUGCGCACUGUCAAUAUACCGAAAUUAUUCCCACUUUUCUCCCCUUAAUAUCCAUUGUGGAAAUUAUAGUCCCAAGUAUAUAACACAUCAAAUCAAGCGAGAAGUUCUCCUGUUUGUUUUCUUACCAACAGAGCUGGUAUAGUCGACAAAGUGAGACUUGCUCGUAGUUUGGCAAAAUUGACCUCCUUCCCAAUAGCUUUUCCUCGCAGUGAAUCACUGGUUGGCCUAAUUUUUAGACAUUCUCAUUCAAAAACAGUAUUAUCUUAUUAUCUUGAUUUUUAAUCCAUGUACUCGAAUUCAGGGUUAUUUAUUGAAUAUUCUUCAAUUCUCCGAAUCAAAAGAUUUUUGAGCCCUGCACGGAUUGAAUGUUAGUUAACCAAGUACGCUAUUACUAUGACUUCCUCUGCAACUAAUUAUUACUACACACGAAACUACUUCUACUUGGACACCACACCUCUCCUCGUUGUCUUGUGUCUGACACUGUGGACGGGGUUUGACGUGGUGGAGGGACGCGUAGCGGAUAGGAACUGCCAGUCUGGAUUCUACUAUGACCCCUUUGCGGCAGUAUGCCAGAGAUGCUCGGCAUGUCCGCCUGGCCAGGAGCCCCGCGAGCGUUGCUCAGGCUACACUACUUCACAGACAGAAUGCAGCACUUGUCCGAUGGGCACCUACAGUGGGGAGUGGAGCAAAGAGGGUUGCAAGAGGAAAAAGAAGUGUGUCCACCUCGGGUUUCCUACUCUUUCCAUAGGAAACACCACCCACGACGCCGUCUGCGACACCAAGUGUCUGCCAGGCCAUUACCGGUUUGUCAAGCCGGGCGGGGUUGAUAGCUUGUGUAUACAGUGCAAGAAAGACUCCCCCAUAGCCCAAUGCGCAGAGUGGUUGAAAGAGCAGAAGACCAAUGAAGGGGGUGGACUUGAAGGUGCGAAUAUCUCCAAUUCAUCGUCAGGAGAUGCCGAUGGAAGCAGAGGCGACUUAGACGAAACCGGGGUCGAGUUACCAGAAGCAGGAGGCAUGGACAAAAAGAGUCUGGGUCUGAUUGCGGGAGUGGUAACGUCAUCAGUGGUGAUCUCGGCCGUCUUCGUCGGUCUCAUCCUGUGCUGCGUGUGUCGUCGCAACAGAGGCCACCACAGGUCGCCAGGCAGAGGAGAGGGGGGAAGCAGUAGUAGCAGAAGACAGAGUAGUAUAAAGCAUCAGCAGACAACGAACGUGGUGGGAGUGGGGGGUUCCUCGGGUGCAUUCUGUUUCGGACGGAGCAAGAGACACAGCUACUCUGGGGGUCAGAGAGCAGACCAGAACUCCAUGUCAGACUACGAAAUGAACCCGCACUGCUCCUGUUGUUGUCUGAGCCUGAGAUGGAAGCCCUUCAAACGAACUGAAGACUCCUCAAAUACAGACUACUGUAUCAAAGAUAACUCCUUUGUGUUCAAAAACGGAAAGUCUCUGGAACUCAGUGACUUCAACCAAUACCCAAUUGGUAGCGAAAAACUGUCCCCCAAUUGCGAUAUCUACGGGUCCAUCCAUGGCUGCUCCAGGAAAACUGCCUCAAAUAAGAGCAACACAUCGCAGCCUAGUACUCUCAAGUCUCUCCAGAAUCAGAAGAUAUCCCAACUGAAUCCAAUUGAAGACUUCAUCCCGGGCGCGCAUGAGUACGCACCCCAGAGCAACUCAACUUUGAAGAAUCCCCAGUCUAUGGAGACAUCUAUGGACGGGGCAGAAUUCGCAGCUAGUCGCGACACUGGACCUAGAACAGUUGCGGGCACCAUUCAACCAGACCUAGAGCAAGCCUAUUUGCCCGCUACAGGAAACGCAAGACUUAGCAGACAGGGGUCUGAGAAGCGGAGGGAACAGGAGAGGAUAGAGAGGGCUCAGGAGUGUGUGUAUAAACUGCGCCACGUCUCCCCAGUCCGACUGAGGAGUGCCUCCGAAACCAUCUUCGGAACCAACUCGGGCAAAGAGGCCAUCCUAGAUCUGCUUCAGACCAAGGAACCCGAGGAGGUGCUGGCUUUGAAGAUAGAACUGAUCAGUCAAAUUUAUGAAAAUCUGAGACUGAGUGACCUGUCUGCGGACAUAGUGAAGGAGAUGACGACGGAGAUGGAGAAGCUGAGUCAGUUGGUUUCCCUCAAUCUCGGCAGGGCUUUCAUAGACACAUUCGACCUCAAGAUCAAGGCCAAGUCAGUGACUUGUGCCCAGCUGCUGGCCAAGACGUUCAAGCACAGGGGGCAACACAUCUCAGUCCCCCAGUUCCUGAACUUCCUGCACCAGUUCGGAGACAGAUUAGUGGCAGAGGCUAACUGCGACCUCCUCAUUAGAUGGUACCGUCACGAGACAUCCAGACAUCGAAUGAGUGGCAACCAGAUGCUCCAGGGUCAACAUGCCUCACUCGUGGCAGGCUUCUCUCAGGCACACCACCCGACCUCCCUGCCUCUCUCGGGACACUACAGCAUGCAGCCGGGCUAUGGGACCCCUGGAGUAUCCAAGAACAGACACCAGAUGAUCGCACCCAUGGCCAGGCACUCACUCGCCGUACCAACAAAUGUACAGAUUCAACCUUUCACUGCACAACAACAGAACCAAAGCAUCACUUCAGGAAUUCCAAACAGCCACUUAAUGACUGCAAAUGAAGGCGACAGGAAGUACAACUCAAUGCAGAAUCCACAUUCACUGCACCAAAGUCAGAAUGCUCAAGUGAACAAUUUCCAACUGAACUACAAUUACCCUCUGAACGUUCUCCCGAAUAACACAGCUGUUGCUGCACAUUACAACACAGGUGUGAGCAACGAAGUUCAAGGAGCCAACUUUGCUCACCCGGGAUUCAGAGGUCAGAACGGUUCAAUGCAGCAGCAGAUUAAUGCACAACAAGUAGUGCCGAGGCGACAGCCUCAGCAGAGAUUCAUGCCUCAAGAAGAGGUCAAUUCGGAGUGCGGAGAAGACGAUGUGUUUGCAUGAAAAUAAAACAUGCAAAAUUUGAAGUGAAAGGAAUUGGAUGAAAGAACUCUGUCGCGAUGUUUUGAAUACAGUUCUGAGUUAUCAUUUUGUUUCUGAUGUUCAGUGGCUGUGUAUUGUCGUUGAACUACACAUUUUCCCGCGUUAAAGCUGCCUGCCUUUCAUGUGAUUAUAAGCAUGGAUUAAAAGUUGCAAAUGAUUUGAGCUGAUGUCGAAAAUGUCUAAAGGGCAAGGUGGCUUUUAUUUUUAUAAUAUGAAGGUGUAUCUCAAUGAUGUGGUGACAAUUUGAAUGGUGCUGUACACAUUUUGUGCACAAUUAGCAUUUUUAACUAUCUCACUAUUUUAAAUCGAUGCUUUCACAGAAUAUUCCUCUAUUAAAUCUUCUUUUAGUUAUGAACGAUGGCCGUAUUUAUGGCCUGUUCACAAUAUUCGUCGUUUAAUGGAACAUAUGAUCAAAUAUUUCUGUCGUGUUCUGCCAUUCGGUUAUUUUGUGCUAUUUUAAUACUCUAUCGUGCCUUUAUAUAUUCGUCCAAGAGAACCUGAUUUGUUAUAAUUAUAUUUUGUCAAACACUAUUAUCGUUUGUAUAAAAGCUUUGCAACGUCACAUGCGCAGUGUUUUAUUUUGGAUGAUUUGUGCUUUUUUUCCAUAAAAUUUGUAAAAUAAAGAAAAAAAGCUGUAGUCAAGUUUUUCCUGGCAAAAAUUAUUUCACUGGAUUUUGGAUCAAGAAAAUCUGUUGCCGCAACACCAUUCUUCUAUUCUUGAUGAUAACCAUGAAUGUUGCAGGAAAAAUUUCCCAGUCACUUUCGAAUUUACCUCAAUUUGUAUCAACAACAGAACGAUUUCGGGCUCUUUCGAUUUAAAACUCCGCAGCAAAACCCCGAUAAUACGGAAAUUCAACACUGGAGAAGGGCUAUAAUUUUCUGUCUCUAGACGGUGGUUGGAACUGUAAUGAGAAAGAGCCCGAUGUUGUUAUUUGCAAAGAUAACCUUUAGUGCUGUUUAAACUUCAUAGUCACAUGCAAAGGCGAACUUAGAAUCAUUUAGCUAAACUUGGUGCAAGUAGGGCUUAAAUCAUCGGAAACAGGACUCGAAUUACAAAAACUGUAUGGCCAAUUAGACGGUGGAUAUCUGUGUGAUGAUCCGAACUCGCGAUGAACGCAAUGGUCAUUCCCUAGAAUUAUGAACCAAUUUGCUCUACCUUUGUGAUCAUCAUUAUUUUUGUUAAAGUAAAUAAUUUACGCUAUUUUGAAUGUAAAUGUCCAUUGUCUAUUAUUAAUCAAUCCAAUUUCUCAAUGUUUUAUAACGAAAUGUCAAUUGUCGAUUUAAAUUGCAGUAUACAAUAGAAAAUUUCUAAGAUAA